UCUACUCUCAAUUCAAUCACUGCUCUUGGCUGCUGCUCCUGACCCUGAUCGUUCUCGUAUCCAACGCUCUUGCCUGCUGCACACUCACAUCGUACGGACCGAACCCUGAAUGUUUGAGGGUGACAAUGGCAAAAGUUAUAGAGAAGUUCUUUAUAGCAUCCAUGCUGAUGUGGGCAGUUCCUGUUGCAAUUUUGAUUGCUUUCAACAAGAAUUUAUUUCCUGGUUCCGCUGAUAUGUCCCCAUAUUCAUUGACACUUUUAAGCGGGUUUCUAGCAGUCAUUUCUGUUAACAUUGUAAUUGCAUUCUACAUACAUUUAGCGAUGAAAGAGCCUUCAGAGAAACACGAACCAGAUCCUAAGUUUGUCUCAGAAGCCGAGGCUGGUGUCAAACACUUGGUAAAAUCCGAAAGUUCAUCCACCAAUAAAAAGGACGAGUUGAUACGACCCGAAAAUUGAGAAUAUUAAUAAGAUGUGCAAUAAAAAGAAUAUACAAGCAAAAAUUUUCAUGGCCCGCAGUUAAGCAACAGGAAAUGAGGUCACAGCGGCUGCAGCCAAGUAACCAAUCUGAACCAA